AUGUCGAAGCUUUCCGACUAUCGCUUGCUUUCGUUCGAUGUUUACGGGACGCUCGUAGACUGGGAAGGGGGCAUUUUUCAUGCAUUGCAGCCAACUCUAGCCAAGAAUAAUGCUCAAUUUUCACGACAACAUCUGCUGGCUCUUUAUCAUGAGCUUGAGCGAGAGCAGCAGAACAAGACUCCCGACAUGCCCUACCACGAGCUUUUGACCACUGUCCACCCGGAACUUUGCCAGCGCUUGGGAGUUUGGACACUGGCCCGCAUUCCCGACACCGUUGAAGCUCUGAAGCGUUUAUCGAAGAAAUACAAGCUAGUCGUCCUGUCUAAUGUCGAUCGUGCUUCCUUUGCCAAGACCAACGCCGGAAGUCUUCAGGAUUUCCAUUUUGACCUGAUAAUCACCGCCCAAGAUGUGGGGUCCUACAAACCCGAUCUGCGAAACUUCCAGACUAUGUUAGACGCUGCCGAUUCGGCCUUUGGAAUUCAGCCCUCCGAGAAGAUGGGAAUCAAGUCUGUUUGGAUUGAGCGCCCUGGGGCUACAAUGGGAAACCUGCCGGAGAAUAUUUUUGACUGGCGUUUUGAUACAUUGGGAGAUAUGGCUGAUGCGUUGGACGCAGGAAGGUAG